AUGGACACGGACACUUCUUUUGAAAACCAGGACGGAGAAUGGCGCUCGAACGUACAAGGCAAAAAUAACGAAGCCAUGCUUGUGGAUCAAGACGAGGAACGGACGCAAUGGGAUAGUAGCGGUGGAUCACAGCAGCACAGUCGAUGCCAAAAUUACGGCGAUGGGUUUCAGGGCAAGGAAAAGGACGGUGGACCGCGUUGGCGCUCGACAUGCCAAGAGUGCGUCCAGCGACUUCGAUCACAGCAUCAGUUCCAUUCGGUCAACUCGUUGACAUUCAGAGGCACGAUUAUCGUCCCGGAGGUGGUGGCGUUCUUCCCGAAUCUGGGGACACUGGCAUUGGAAGAGGGACUUAGUCGAUUGGCCCCGUAUCCCAGCUUUGACAGCAAUGGAUUCAGUAGUAGGGCCGACACGGACGGCUGUAUGAAUAACAACGAUAGUAAUAGGGGUGGUGCUUACGGAAGCGGAAACUGCAGCAGUAGCUUCUGUAUGGAGAGCGACAGCGACAGCAUGGAUGUAACGGUUAGUCGACUGUCGAGCAUGGUCGACGACUUGGCACAGACACUCUUGAAUGGUUGCCCCAGCUUGCAUCGACUUGUCUUGAACGAGCCAUUGUUAGUAGAUGAUUAUCUAGGCCAGGAGCUGCACCGACAUGGUGGACCGCAGCGGCUAACGCUGGUAUUGAAGGCGAUCCCGCGGUUGGAGCAGUUUGUCGUACAUUCGAAGGUGGUGGCCAGAUGCCCCGGCUUGGUGGAGACCUUGCUUGAGUACCAUUACCCGCAUCUCACGUCCUUCCAAGUUCUCGAUGAUGCAGAGCAGCAACACCAGCACCAGCUAUACCAGCAGCAGCAACAGUACAGCAAGCCUCCUUUUGCUCAGACCUUGAAAAUACACCACCUCCUCAUCUCUCUCAACAAUAACAGAAGCAACAGCAACAACAACGAUAACAAUCGGUUACUUUGCCUAACGAGUAUUCAUCUUGCACACCCUCUUCAGCGUGAUCAACUGCAGUCUCAGCCUCUGCCCCAUCGGUCGCAGCAAUUGUACCAGCAACGGUACCAUGAACAGCAGCAGUACCAAGAGCAGCACGACCCGAACCAGAGCCAGCGCCAGCAAGCCCCAUUCCUGCAGCAGACCCUUGAGACCCAACGACAAGAGCAACAGCAACUCGACACGUUACUCCAGCUUCGCAAGGCCUGUUUCCGGAUCCUGGAAUGCUGUCCACAGCUCCAGACCUUUGAGUCCAAGGUGCCACUUUCACUCCAGGACCUGAUCGCGUCGAUCCCUCGAUGGGCUUGUGGGCAUUUGCUGACUGUGCUAAGACUUGAGAUCCAGGAGCUUACCGUCGACGAGAGAUUGGAUCUCGAGGAAGAAGAGGUGAUGCAGAUGUUUAUCAAGAGUCUGUUCAAAGGCACCAACAACUGCGGCGAUGGAAAUAUUAGCGGCGCGGACAACCGUUCGGACGCUUCUUUGGCUAGGGGGUCGCAGUCUCAAUCGAUCAACGCAUUAUCUUCGCUUUCAAAACCGUCUAGUGCGUCCUCGCCGUUCUACCCAUCCAGCGAUUCUUCAUACAACCUACCUAGCGACCGUUCGUCCGGCUGGGCAUCAGGAUCAGGAGCUGGGUCAGGAGCUGGAUCAGGAUCUGAUUGGUCGAGGCCCGCAUCUGCGGCGUCCGGCAGUGGUGCCUCUGGAUCCUCCAUAUCGGGGUCUGAUGCAUCGUCCGGCGCAGCCUCUCAACAGGACUCGAUCUCGUCGUCGUCAAGAGCCGUAUAUAGCAGUGACUCAUCAUCCACGUCGUCAGACCAUUCCUGCACUCCUGCGAACAACAGCAACGAUAACUGCAAUAGCAACAGUAACGACUGCAGCAAUAAUAAUGACUCUAUGUCGCCAACCCCAUCCUCUGUACAACUCACAUCAAUAUUACCGUCAAAUCUACCCACCGUGACCGCCAACAAUACCUCCUCAGGCAGUGAUCAGAGCAGUGCUUCCAGUUGGUACCAGCGCCACUACCUACGUUCAGUUCCGCUACCUCAUUCUCAAGGUCAAACUCUAGGCCAGGGAUACGAGCAUAGACAGGGGCAAGGAGGACGCCAUCGCUUACCUCUACCACCACCACCACCGCCGCCGCCGCCACCGGCAAACUCAGCGAUGCCCAUGUCUGCAUCUUCGUCCUUGGCAUCCCCGGGGGGAUGCGCCGACUACUGCCAAUUCAAGUCGGUCGGCCGGCUCAUCGCGCUGCAGUUCUUGGUUGAGCAUCAUUUGAUUUAUCUCCCUAAGCUCGAUCGUUUCUUCCUUGGAAACCGUCGUUAG